UUAUCCUGCAAGAAGGACCCUUGGGAGUGUGAUCUAGGUACCUACCUACCUUAGGCACCAUGUCGGUCAGGUUCUUUCCAAAAAUGGGCGAAUGUUUACGUUGAAAGAACGUCAAUGGAAUACGUGGAAGGUACCCUUCCACAUGGGACCUGACUGAUGAGACAGCGGGGUUUGUCACCCAAACGUAAUCCAUCCACUUCCAGGUUCAUCCUCAACACCAAAAUCAAGGUUGGAGAUAAUCCAUUCGCCAUCUUUUCUCCUCCUUUUCUAGGUAGAGAUUUAUUUUCGAUUUUGUUUCCUUGCCUGAAAAAUCUCUUUUCCUGUGAAAUAGAAUACCCGCUACUUCCAUUCCAUCCACAUACUUCUCAAAACUUUGACGUGGUUCGUCUGACCCCGCCAUCACCAGGCCACUGACACCAUUUUUCAGAGUCUCGCGGACUCGGUAUAGCCUGAACUCUGGGCACUGUUACUGUGUUAAAUUCGAGUGAAUUCGCAAAAUUCCCCAUCAAAUUCCAAUCGUUCUAAACAAUGUCAACUCCGCGUGUCUUUCUUAUUCGCCACGGCGAGACAGAAUGGUCACUUGAUGGUCGUCAUACUGGCUUGACUGAUAUCCCACUCACUUCCAAUGGCGAGAAGCGUGUUAGAGCCACAGGAAAGGCUCUUGUUGGGCCGGAUCGUCUCAUUGCCCCCAAGAAGAUUGCUCACAUUUACGUUUCACCACGAAAACGCGCCCAGCGUACAUUCGAACUGCUCAACCUCGGGCUGAAUCGCCCUCUACCUUGGACACCUCACGGUGCUCCUGAUGGUACUGGCCUUCAAUGUGAAGCCGAGGUGGAGGUCACGGACUACAUCCGGGAAUGGGACUACGGUGACUACGAAGGGAUCACAACACCUGAGAUUCGUAAGAUCAGAGCUGAACAAGGGAUCAAAGGGUCUUGGGACAUCUGGAAGGAUGGAUGUCCUGGCGGGGAGGCUCCCCAUGAUGUGACCAGAAGACUUGACCAAUUGAUAGAGGAGAUUCGUGAGAAAUAUCACAAGCCAGCCAUGGACAAAGGAAGCGACCAAUGCGGCGACGUGUUACUCGUUGCCCAUGGACACAUCUUGCGUGCCUUUGCUAUGAGAUGGGCUGGCUACGCUUUACGAGAAGGACCAACUUUCUUGUUGGAGGCAGGUGGUGUUGGAACACUCAGCUACGAGCAUCAUAGAAUCGAAGAGCCGGCCCUUCUCCUUGGUGGCGCUUUUGUCGUUGAACUUGACGGCCAAGAUUAGCCGCUUGUCAAGACCAAAAUCUUCCAGGCAUUGGCACCCAAAUGGUUUCUUAGAGCAUAGAAUUGAUUGUUUAAUGAACAUGUCCUCGGAUCGCACCAGCAGCUGAGCCAAGUCCCCCCUAGUCCAGAGAUGGUAACUCAUAAUCUCCCGACGAUCAGACCCAAAUGAUUGCAUCACUCGGUCACUUCAUGACCAACAGACGUUUCAAUAAUCGAAGCUGACCUCGCACAGACAACGACAGGGCUAAUGUCAUCGAUACGUAUCUCAUUCACUUGAGCUGGCGCAUUCGACGGAAAUGACCAGACGUCCGCUCGGUGGCACCAGCGUCAACAAUAAAAGUGUGUUUCACACUUGUUUACCAAGAGUCGCCCAAUGCCUUUCAAUAACAAAGGGCGUGGCCAAAAGCACUUCAGCAGAGCAAAGCCUUGUCGCACGAGUUGGGAGACCCUUGCUCUGAGCGUUCUGGGAGCGCGGAUGAGGCUGGAGGGGCGACUCUCACAUAAUAUCCCUCUCCCCCCCAUCAGACACGGGAUCGCACCGCCCCGGACAAGCCAUUUCCCUCCCUUCUCUUGUUUUCUUCAAUACACGGCAUCUCUAGUUUCCCAUAGCCAACUUCGACUAUUCAUCGACUAAUGUGCCAAGAAUGGUUCACUUCAUCCCUUGAGAUCCAAAGUGGCGUGGCUGCUGCUGGAAGAAUGCAUCCGCACACCAUUACUCGCGGCUCCUCCUCCGGACAAGGUUUUCUUCGACCGCAAGGGCGGGACGGGACGGUCCAGUUGGGUAUAAGGGUGUGAGGGAAGACUUGAAGGGAGAAAUUUCGUCGGAAGGAGUCUGUUGCCAGGGCGAAGGGCUGACUUACUCAUGCCGGGCUAGUAGUAGCCUCCGGUCACGAACGGCUGUUUAACCAAAGCAUGACCGGACUGUUGGAUCGGACGGGCUGUUUCUGGGCUGUAUUGGGCUUGUAAUGUGACCUGAGUUUCUUUAUUCAUUCCAGUGUCUGGUGGCUGAUGUAACGCCAGUAGGAGCACUGAGAGAGCUGGGUACCCUGGAUAGUCAGGUUUUGACUGCAACGAUUGUAGGUGACUUCAGAUUGCUAUUUCUUCUGGGAACCACCAUUGAUGGUGUAUGAGACAGCUCAUCGGAGGGAUAUUGUGCAAUUAUAGGUGUCAGUGUGACUUGUUAUUUAUGCAGCUAAGUAAUGAUAUUGAACAAGACAUUCUGUGUCGUCUUUGGAAGCCGAAUGCCAGGAUGACGGCCGUCGGCAGCUUGCGCCGUGUGAACUACUGACACCGUACAUAUUUGAGG